UCUACUGCGCAUGCUCAAUGUAAGCAGAAAAAGGAAGUGUGUAGCCAUGGAACAUUUGUUUAGUUAGAUGUCUUUGAUCUGUUAUGAAACUGCUGAAGAACAGAUUCAGUAAAGCUCUUGGCUUCAUCGCCCUUCUGGUUGCUGUCAUUGCAGUUGUUUUACAACAUCUAGAAAACAGAGAACCGACGAUUUACUUCGGGAUGGCGCACGAUAUGACCAAACUAGAAGAGAACUUCCGACAGAAGAAUAAAAGUUGUUUCAUCCUGGGUGCCUCUGGCGAGACAGGCCAACUGUUACUGAAAGAGAUUGUGGAGAGGAAACUCUUCUCAAAAGUCACUCUCAUCGGAAGGAGACUUCUCACAUUUGAAGACAAAUCAUAUGAAAACCUGGUGCAGGAGGUGGUGGACUUUGAGAAAUUGGAUGAAUAUGCUGCAGCAUUCCAAGGGCAUGAUGUUGGCUACUGCUGUCUUGGAACAACCAAAGCCAAAGCAGGGGCUGAUGGAUUUGUCCGUGUGGACCAUGACUAUGUCCUGAAGUCUGCUGAGCUUGCUAAAGCUGGAGGGUGCUCACACUUCAACCUAGAGUCUUCCAAAGGGGCUGACAAAUCCAGUGGCUUUCUCUAUCUCAAAGUGAAGGGACAAGUGGAGGCAGACAUCGAGCCACUGGACUUCGAGCGUUACUCCAUCUAUCGCCCUGCGGUGUUGAUGGUGGACAGGCAGGAGAGCCGGCCCACUGAGUGGUUUGCAAGGAAGAUCCUAGGACCCAUAUCCUCUUUAUUUCCCACUGCGAUGUCCAUACCCAUCCAAUUUGUGAUCAAGGCCAUGGUGGCCAAUACACUAAUUCCCACAGGGGAUAAAGUUGAGAUUCUGGAGAAUAAAGCCAUCUAUGACUUAGGAAAGGCCCUAGAGAAUUGAGGGCAACGUUACUGGCUGGACAUAACAUUUAAUCAGUGUAAAGGAAGUCCUUUCUAGUCAGUGAUCAUGUCGCCAAUAUUUUGAGGGAAGUCCUUUGGAAACGUGUUUGGCAUCAUUACCUGGGAUUGAUGGUGAAGGGUGUUGUACUACUGCCUUUGCAUCUGAUGGUGCUUCUUCAUAACCAUAUCUAAAAUUUUCUGCUAACGGGGAAUAUAAAAAAAAUAUAUUAAAAGCAAUUAAGAUGCCAUAAUUGUUCCUUAAACUAUUCAGUGCUCAUUUUCCCACUUGAACUGAAUUUGAGUGAAUUGUAUAAAAUAUUUGCAAUGAGAACAUGACAGAGUGACUCACUCUGCCUUGGCUCAUUUGUCAACAGUAACUGGUGCUGACCAAUAGAUAUUAAGUAUUUUAGAAUGUGCUUUUGAAUGCACUUGAAAUAAUUUCUGUUGACAAACUGGUAAAUGUGUGAAAGACCUUUUACGCUAUGACGGCAGAUGUAUUAUGUUUUUGUAUGAAAGUGCUAAAAAGUCUACAUAAAUCUCUUUAUGGGGAAUGUAAAUAUUAUUGGGAAUGUAUGUGCCAAAUAUUUUUGUGAUCAACAUUGCCCUACCUUGAUUUCUUUCUUUGUACUGUGAUUUUUAGAGAUGAUCCAAUUGAUGAUGGCAUGCUUUUAUACCAAAUCUCCCGAGUCUCUUUGAAUAGAGUUUGAAUUGGAAAGUGUCUCAGACCAAUGUAUAUAGGGGGAAAAAGUUGGUUUGACUCUCAAAAGGGAAUGGACUGGCACCAAAGCUGUAAUCUGUUAAAUAUGAAAAUGUAUUUGACUUAUUCUUCUGAGUCCGUUACCGCUGCAACAGUUUAGUUCGUAAUGCUUCCAUCCAGCUUAACGUUAAUGCUAUUUUAUAUGAAACCACAUUGUUAAACGCUUUGAAAAACAAUACUCUUCCUAAUUUUUCCACAAAACAAUCACUGGUGAGGGAUUUGUUGGCUGUAUUUUUGGUUUAUUGUAUUUCAUUGUUUUAUCACUUUUGCCUUCUCAGAAAGCAGGGGUUAUGUUGUUCAUACUCUUUUAGAUUUUUAUUUAUUUUCUACAUAUUUUACAUUAAAAGACAUGCAUCUUCAACAUCAAGAAAGA